AAUAUACAUACGGAUAACACAGGUUGAUAACAAAAACACGCACAACCAAAGAAGAAACAUUAUGAGGUCGUUUGUCUCCGUGAUGAUAUCUCUUCUUCUUCUACUUCUCUCAUUUUCUUCGUUUGUUCACUCAGACAAUCAAUCUUUUCAAAAACUUCCGGUGCCGGGGAACAGGACAGGACCUGAAGCUUUCGCCUUUGAUUCCACCGGAAAAGGAUUCUACACUGGAGUCUCCGGUGGUAAAAUCCUCAAGUGGCUUCCAGGGAAAGGUUAUGUCGAUUUUGCACACAUCACCAACUCUUCAACGUCGUCUUUGUGCGACGGAGCACUUGCAACCGCUAACGCAGAAAAAUGUGGUCGCCCGGCGGGAAUAGCUUUCAACGGCAAAACAGGUGACCUUUACGUUGCCGAUGCUCCGUUGGGUCUCCACGUCAUCUCUCGCGGCGGCGGUUUGGCCAAGAAGAUCGCCGACAGCGUUGACGGGAAGCCCUUCUUGUUUCUCGACGGUCUCGACAUUGAUCCCACUACCGGUGUCGUCUAUUUCACUUCCUUCAGCUCAGCUUUUGGCCCUCGCGAUGUAUUGAAAGCAGUGGCAUCAAAAGACUCGACGGGGAAGCUUUUCAGAUACGAUCCAUCAAAAAAGGUCGUGAAUGUAUUGAUGGAAGGUCUAAGUGGCUCAGCCGGAUGUGCGGUUAGCUCAGACGGCUCGUUCGUGCUGGUUAGUCAGUUCACAAAAAGUAACAUCAAGAGGUAUUGGAUCAAAGGAUCUAAAGCUGGCUCUUCUGAAGACUUCACCAACUCGGUCUCGAACCCUGACAAUAUCAAGAGAAUCGGUUCUUCUGGAAACUUUUGGGUUGCUUCGGUCGUGAACUCAGCCACCGGACCCACGAACCCUUCGGCGGUUAAGGUUAGUUCUGAUGGCAAAGUGCUUCAGACCAUUCCUCUUAAAGAUAAGUUUGGGGAUACUUUGGUCAGCGAGGUUAACGAAUUCAAAGGAAAGCUUUAUAUUGGCGCUUUGUUUGGUCCUUUCGCCGGGAUUCUUAAGGUUUAGAGUGAACAUUAUGACAUUAGUUUGGGUUUUUAGAAAUAAAGUGAUUGUGUCGAAAUAAAGUCUUCACGGAUAAAUGUAUCUCGUCAAUGUUGAUUAUGUUCAAAUAAAGUUGAUUUUUAUUUUUUUAAA